CUGAGAAGAACCCGAGGACCUCUGAAACAUCUGAGUCCUGGAUGAAAUUUCUUCUGCAACUUUCCGAACAUCACGGAGGUUCUGAAAACAAGUUUAGAAACAGAACCUGAGGAUUCUGUUUGCAGAAACAUGUCAUAUCUUCAUGGAGCCAUAUCUUCCCUGCUAACCUUCACUCUGUUUCUCUGGAGCACUGAAGGUCAGGUGACCUGCAAAGAUGAGAACGGCAGCCCAACGGACUGGUACAUCUUAUACAAAGCCCCUGUAAAAGCCUCUGGAGAUGGUUUAAAGUAUAUUUAUAUUGAUUCAAAUGGGAGACAAAAUGGCAACAAACUUAUCAGUGAUCCUACCGGCAUCCUGGCGCACACCCUGAGACCCAUCUUCUCCUCCCUGGUUUCGGACUUUGGAUUCAUCAGCUACAAUGAUCAACACCAGAAAUGUAAUACUGGAGCAACGAGCGCAGCAGAGCUGAACGUUACAGAAGAAAUGCUGGCUGCGUCAGACGUCGGCCACAGUAAAGGAGUUGUGAUGGUGGAGAAGAAUAGAAGAGGAGUCUGGCUCCUACACAGCACACCACAGUUCCCUAUGGAGCGAGAUGCCAACAACUUCUGGCCUUCCAGUGGGAAUAAAAACGCUCAGACAUUCAUCUGUGUGACCUUCAACUACGACCAGUUUCCAAACAUAGGAAAUCAUCUGCAGUUCAUCGGAGCGUGUGUGUUUGACAGUAAGAUUCCUAAUGAUUUUCACCGAGAGCUUAAAGAUGCUGCUAACGGAGUCAAACUAGAUCCCAACACUGCAUUUGUGGCGCUGCAAUCAAGCGGAGGUCAACCAUUUAAAAGCAUCUCUAAAAACAAGAACCAAGCAGCAGCAGAUGGAGAUCUCUACAUCACUAUAGCCGAAGCCCUGAAAAGUGACCUGAAAGUUCAGACGUGGGGUUGCCAACAUGGUCGUGAUCCCUCCUUCUGUGAACCCAACAGACAUAAGGUGCUCAACAUUGAAGAGGUCCAGACUGAUUUAGGAACCUGGAAGCGUUUCUGUGAUCAUUCAAAGUGGAGUGUGACCACAGAUCAGAACAGACCAUGUGUGUGUAUAGCUGAUAUGAACAGAGCUCCAACUCAGUAUAAAAGGCGUGGGGGAGCGUUGUGCAUCGAAAAUAACGCGGUUUGGGACGUAUUCAGAAACUUUGUCCACAGCACCGAGGACUGUAACAACUUAAAGGCUAGCAUUUAUUAUUUGGCUCAACUAAGUUUUGAUUUUGUAAAAUAUCUCGCUCAGAUCUUUGUUGCUUGAUUCAGAAAUGGUUGAAAUACACCAAAUAACAGACAGCUGGAUGAUCAGUCCCUAUGGUAACUAACCCAACAAUAGUUAUUAAAAUGAACCCACCAAUAAUCAUGACAACUAACACACCAUUGGCCAUAAUAACUAACCUAUCUAUGGCUUUAACAACUAACUGAUCAUUAUUUAUAAUCAGUUAUCAGUUAUAAUAAUGACUAACUCAUUAAUCACCAUAACAACUGAUUAAUAGCUAAAUUAACUUCUCCAUCAUUGCGAUAACUAGUUAUGAUAACUGAAUAACACCAUAAUAACUAGCUGAUGAAUAAUGGCUUUAGCUUGAGUGAUUACCAGGAUUUAUAGAGAAAUAAAUGAAAUCUGAAUCAGUUUCUUUGCUUGGUCUUCAUUUUAUUCAUCUUGUUAAUACUGUGUGCUCUCUACAGCGCCCCCUGGUGAAUUCAUUUCUACUUCUGCAUCUUCUGUGAAACAAGCUCCUUAAUAUCUAAAUAAAUGUCUAAUAAUUUCAGAUUAUUAGUUACAGGGAUUAUAUGAUGCCUGUUUGAGCAAAUGUCUUAAAGUCUAACAUGUAAACAUGAAUGUUUCAUCAUUUCUACACAGAUGGGAGUUUUGUGCAGCAGAAUGAUUUUAAAUUCAAAUUUUAGUUUUUCUUUUGUUUCUGGAAAAAUGAAAUCUGACUCUGUAAAUGGCAGCCUGUUGUCAGCUCAUCUUCUUCACCAUGUCCAGGAAUCUUUAAGGACUGAACUGAAUAUGGAAAGCCAAGCGAUGCAAAUAAAGCUAAAAAAAAUCCUUAAA